AUGGAGCCCGGCUGUGUGCAGGCAGCGAUGGCCAUGGGAGAUGUCUCGAAAAAAGCGUCUGCUCGGAACCUGGCGGUGGAGAGAAAAAACCUCCUGACGGUGUGCAGGUUUUCAGUCAAAACCCUGUUGGAGAAAUACACAGCGGAGCCCAUUGAUGAUUCGUCUGAAGAGUUCAUCAAUUUCGCAGCCAUCCUCGAACACAUCCUCAGCCACCGUUUUAAAGGCUCCGGCAGCUGGUUCGAUGGUCAGAGGAGCUAUUGGGACUACAUCCGCCUGGCCUGUGGUAAAGUCCCCAACAGCUGCAUCAGUAGCAUCGAGAGCAUGGAGAACAUCAGCACCUCGCGAGCCAAGGGCAGAGCCUGGAUGAGAGUCGCCCUGAUGGAGAAGAGACUGUCUGAAUACAUCGCCACUGCCCUGAGGGACAGCAGGACAACCAGGAGGUUCUAUGCAGAAGGAGCCAUCAUGUUACGAGAAGAAGCCACAGUGCUAACAGGGAUGCUCAUAGGUCUCGGAGCCAUAGACUUUAGUUUUUGUCUAAAAGGGGAGGCCCUAGAUGGGAAAUCCUCUGCAGUGAUCGACUACACGCCAUACUUGAAAUUCACACAAAGCUAUGAUUAUCUGAGUGACGACGACGAUCGACAGAGCAUUGACAGCAGCACGAGUGACGACAGCGUCCCUGAACAUCCUUACAUCCCACUGGUCACUGACGAGGAGAGCUGGAGCACAAAGUGCCGCAAGAUGGAGCAGAGGUUUAAGAUCGUCAAUGCUCAGAAGGGUUACCUGGAGGAACUUGUACGCCUGCGUGAGUCUCAGCUGAAGAACACGGAGACGGAGAACAAGAGGCUAAAGACCCGACUGGAGGAGCUGCAGAACCAGAGCCAGCAGGAAAAAAAGGAACUGGAGGCCAUCGUCCUGGAGCUUCAGGAGCAACUGACAAGCUUGAUUCCAUGUGACUCCAGCCACCUGGCCAAAAACCUCUCCAUCCCCCUCGUCAACCAGUGGCCGGCGCUCGAGACGUACAACAACCACGAGGACAUGAAGCUGUUCCGCAGGAGGAGUUUUCCGAGCACGGAGCUGCUGUCGGUGGAGGUCAGCCUGGAUUCAGACUCCCAGAGGAUUGAAGGGAAACAGAACGGAGGAGCCUGGUGCACAGGUGACAAUAAAGACUACACCCCCUCCAUGAUGGGCCUGUGUGGGUCUUUGGCCUCCCUCCCCAGCUGCAAGUCUCUGGCGAGCCUCAAGUCCAGCGAGUGCCUGGUGAACAUCAGCACAGAGAACAGUCCUGCUCUCUCUCCCAGCUAG